AAUUGUUGAAUAUGCGUCAAUACAUUACAUUUAUCAAAACAUUUUAAAAUAUGCAAAAUACAAUUUACAUUCUCUGAAUUUGGGUCAUACAAGUCUAUGAGGUAGGUACUAUAAAACGUUUGUCCAUAUCGCUCUGUACUACGUCUGUGAUAGACAUGAAAAGUCUCGAACCCUGAUUUUAAUUUAUAACUUUAUUAUAGGUAGCCUGGUAGGUAGGAACCAAACUAUCACGAUUUAAGCCUUAAGGUAUACUGGUUACUCGACAAAUUUUGUAAAAUAUCUUAAAUCUUAAAACUAUAUUAUUAUGUUUAUAUUACAAUAUUAUAAGUGCGAUAGUACUAGUGCCUUUUUUCAGUAGAAAUAGGCAACCAAAAUGACGCAAUUUUGUGCAGCCACCGCCGAACCGUUAUCAACGUUUGUUAUACAAAAAUAAUAAUAAUAAUAUAGUCAUACUAAUGCAUAAUAAUGAUAACUUAACUAUGGUCACUUAACUUCACUAUUCUUCCGUCUACUGGCUACUAGUCAACUAACUUGAUCGCCUGGAAUAAAUAUAUGCUCUGUGACUGCUGUCAAGCGUUUCUACAUUGUUGACACUACAUUUCUGCUUCGUGUGUUUUUCACCUAGUAUAUACCUGAAAUAGUAGUAGCUUAGUGGCGACAUUGCAUCAUUACGAGUGCUUCAUAUGACAAUGAGCAAGUUGGAUGAAUGCAACAAAAUGUCAGGGCAAAAUCGGCCUUACAGGCCGGUAGUCAUUGUACAUGGGCUGAUGACUGGUGAUGUCAGUACAAUGGAGCGUCUGGCUGCUCGUAUAACUGAAUUACAUCCAGGCACCAAAACAUAUGUUAUAGACAGAUUUUGUGGUUUGGCUAGUUUAGAACCACUAUGGCGACAGACAAGGAAGUUAGCUGAUGACCUCUUAAAAAUAUGUUCGUUACAUCCAGAGGGUGUGCAUGUUAUAGGAUAUUCACAAGGUGGACUCAUAGCAAGAGGCAUGAUAGAAGAGUAUGGUACUGAGCACAAUGUCAGGACAUUUGUAUCACUUAGCUCGCCGCAAGGAGGACAGUAUGGCGCCGAGUGUUUCACAAAAAUGUUUCCUGCACUGACAGCGCGCACAGCAUACGAGUUGUUCUACACACGCUUAGGUCAACGGGCUCUGUCUGUGGCUAACUAUUGGUAUGAUCCCAGGCAUAGGGACCUAUACCUUAAAUACAGUGUGUAUCUUGCGGUCAUUGAUAAUGUUAAACAACAAGAAUCAAGUGGUCUUAAUUUACAACAGACUGAAAAUGAUAAUGGUUUGAAAACAAUAUCUACUGAAGUAUCUAGUAGCACAGCAACUGUAGCAGAAACUAAUGAUGACACUUCAAAAAUUAUUGAUCGUGUUACUGCAGUAAUUGCAGCAGUAGCCACUGCCACUGUCAAAAUUGCUGAAAGCCAUAACUACAACGGUAGUGAUGGUGACAGUGUUAUAGCAGAUGUAGAUACACUUAUGGCUAAAGUCUCGGUCCACGAUAACUACUGUGGAGAAAAUGGUGACGAUAAUCCUAACCCCAACAUAAAAAAACUGGGCCUCACUCGACUGCAGCGGCUGGUAUUGAUUGGUGGGCCUGACGAUGGGGUUAUUUCACCUUGGCAAUCCAGUCAAUUUGCCGUACUUGAUGGUUCUGGUGAACUGAUACCAAUGCGGGAGCGACGACAAGAUGACGUGUACAGCGAUAAUGAUCCAAUUGGAUUACAUCAGCUAGAUAUGACAGAUCGAUUGGUAGAGUAUACUGUGCCGGGAGUCAGUCAUCACGAAUGGCAUCAUAAUGAAAAGGUACUACGUGAGUGCAUAAUUGAAUGGUUAGACUAGAAACAACUAGAACUAUACUGGUGCUAUAGUGAGUUAUAGAGUGGUAUGUAGUAUAACAGGGGAAAGAAGACUACUAAGAUAAUAUACGUCUAUAACUAUUUUACCAUUCAGCAAAUGCUAUUGCUAUAAUAUUAUUCAGUUCAUAUAUUUGUAUUACCUAUAACUUUUAAUAACUGAUUAUUUUAUAAAUAAAUAUUUAACUUUUAAUUUUUAAUUUUUAUAGCCAUAUUUAUUUUAUUUUCAAAAUAUAUUUUUAUAUGUCAUUCUAUAAACUAAGAUCAUAUAGACUUGGAAAUAGUGGCUAAAAUUGUGUGGCGAAAAUGUCACCUUAAAUAUUAUAGUUCGGGAAUCUAUAUUAUUAGAGCACCAUCCCAAAAUAUCCUAUAACUCUAUAGUAACCGUGUACUAAGGUCUAAGAUAGUAUUAACUAUUGGAAAAAUUAAUGAAAAAUAACAAAAAAUUGUUAUCAUUACCAUUUGCCGCAUAAUACGUCAUGAUAACCGAAUUUAAUGAUUCUUGAGUAAAAACAAAUCCAAGGUGAAACUUAAA